AUGGCUCUCGGUAUACCAGAAGAAAUUUCCGAAGAAUAUGAAGACGAUGAUAACUUCGCCACACAAUUUAAAGAAUUUGCCCUUGAAAAUAACAACAGUAUCACUCAAUUAUCUCCAGCACCAUCUCGUCGACAAGCAUCACCAACUUUUGAUACUUCCAAACCACUUCCACAACUUCCAGAUGAUGCAUUUACAUCAUCUUCAUUACCUCAUCCUCCAAACCUCUCUUUAACACUACCAAGAUCUCACUUCUCCGUCUCAACCAUCUCAACAGCUCUUACUUCUCCAACUGAUAGUCAUUUCGGCUUUAGUGAUACUUCAUCGAUGUUCGAUUCAUAUGAUGAGAGCGAUUUAAAUGAAGAAAAUGCCGAUACUUUUACAUACAACCCCAUGAUUUCAGAGGUUGAAAGAAGAAAAUUUAUAGGAUAUAGUUUACCAGAUGAAGAUAUUGCAUCAGAGCAAACUAUUUGCAAAGCUUCGAGUUUGUUAUCAAGAACUACUAGUAAUGAUACUUAUCCAAGAGAUUCGGCUUUGGUAGAGGGAAUUAAGGAAAGUGAGAGUGGAGAGGGAAGUGCUUUGGCGGAUUUCUUGGACGAUAUGGGAUAUUUGGGUGAUACUAUUCGGGAUAAAUGA